AGGGGGUGAUGGGCAUGAAUCAGCCCUCGUGAUAGAGAGUAAAGAUUUCCUGACUCUAUAUUCUCGUCCAUUUUCCUUCGAAGGUUUUUUCUUUCUGUCUGUGGUGCACUUAGGACUAAGGCUCAAGUUUUGAGGGGGUUCAUAGCACUAGGAAAAUGAAGGGAGGCAAAAAAGGAGACACCGAUAAAGAAAAGAAAGAAAACCCUUGGAUUCAUGUUAGGUCAAGCAGUAAAGGCUGUAAAGCUUUUGUUCAGGGCCAGCCCGGCCGGGAAGAUGAAGUUGAAGGGAAAAAUAGCAUCCAUGUGCAGUACAGAAAUGACAACAGCAAGUCGAAGGGGAUACAGUUGCAACAUCAAGCUCGUAGAUUCACUUUUCAUCGCUCCACUGUCACUUAUGGCAGUGCCAAUGGAGAAUAUUAUACUUCGUCCACGACUAGAGCGACAGGGAGUGAUGGAGUGACCUUUGUAGAAAGCAAAGAAGCUGAGACUGCUGCAAGGCAAGCAAAACACAGGAUAUCUAGUGGACUUCAUAACAAGGGCCAUUCCGCGACAAGGAAGCUUAAUUCAGAUGGUAAAGUGGAGACAAUGCAGACCUUGCCCAAUCUGGAUAAAGAUGAAGUUGAUGAGCUUCUUCGAUUUGAACAAUCAUGGAAGGGAAAUGAUACGCCUAGCUUGGCUGAGAAUUUUAUUGGCUAUGAUAAUAUUGAUGAAGCUGAUGAGGUUGCUGAAUUUGAACAAUCAAAAGCUGAUGAGUUUCGUCGAUUUGAACAAUCAUGGAAGGGAAAUGAUACGCCUGGCUUGUCUGAGAAUUUUAUUGGCUAUGAUAAUAUUGAUGAAGCUGAUGAGAUUGCUGGAUUUGGACAAUCAGAAGCUAAUGAGCCUUCUGGAUUUGAACAAUCAUGGAUGGGAAAUGAUUCACCUGGCUGGUCAGAGAAUUUUGAUGGUUAUGAUAAUAUUGAUGACAUCGAGGAGCCAUACACACCUCAUGAUUACUAUCCGUGAGGUUGACAGAAGGCGUCCACUUUUGAAGUGCUAACUUUUGAUUAGUCAGUUUUAGAUAUAUUGUCGCAUGUGGCAUCUUUUGGAAUUGGGCGUCUACUUUUGAAGUGCUAACUUUUGAUUAGUCAGUUUUAGAUAUAUUGCUGCAUGUGGCAUCUUAUGGAAUUGUUGGCUAGUGUUGGCUUUACAAUCUGUUAAUAUUUGUUUGCUCAUUCAGAAACUUA